AUGGAACAAGAAGAAGUUGAUAGUUUUGAUAAAACGCUAGAAAGUAAAACAAAGUCACUCGAUUCAAACGGACGGCAUACACAAUUUUGGGAAGAUCAAGAUAAAUAUAUUUUUAAACAUUUACUUGUUCUUCUAUUAUGUGUAUUAUCUAGUAUGUUUACUACAUAUCUUACAAAUAAUUCUUAUGGUAGUUAUAUUCCUAUCAUGUUAAUAACCAUACAUGAAUGGUACAAAUUUUAUCCACAGCAGACACGUUCAUAUUAUGGUUUAUGUAGAUUAUUAUUAUUUAUAUUAGUUAUCAGUUUAUGGAUUGUAUUUAUAUUAACUCUUAUUAUCGGACGCAUUACUGUAUUAUUAGGUUAUCAUUAUAUAUCAAUAAAAAAAAAUCAGCAUUUAUUUCCAUAUGUAUUGAUGUUUACUGCUUUUGUUAGAAAUGAACAUGAUAUGAAUUUAAAUGAUAAAAGACGUUAUAUCAUACAUUUAUUAUAUGAUAUACCGGCAUUUUUAUUAGUUAUAGUAUUUAAACUAUUAAACAAUCCAUUAAAUGCAUUAUACAGUCAAAUUACUACAUGUUGUUAUUUAGGCUGUUUACCUACUGCGGCUGAUGUACAUACAUUGAAUAAUGUAGGAAUUAAAUAUGUUUUAAAUAUGUGUGCUGAAUAUAACGGCCCGUGUAAAACAUAUGAAAAAUAUAACAUAAAGCAGCUACAUUUACCAACGGUAGAUUGCACAGCACCAUCAGUAUACACAAUAGAAAGAGCAGUUAAAUUUAUGAAUGAAGCAUAUGUAAAUAAUAAAAAAAUAUUUGUUCAUUGUAAAGUUGGCAUGGGAAGAAGUGCUGCUAUUGUAUUAUGUCAUUUGGUUGCUAAUGAAAAUAUGUCUGCAGAAAGUGCAUUAAAAUUAAUGAAAGAAAAAAGGCCUGAAAUAUCAACUAGUAUCAUUAAACACAAACCUGUAAAACAGUUUUUAGCCUUGUUGCCUAACGAUAAAGUUCAGUAG